CUGGUUUUCCUCAUUCAUCUUCCUUCGAUAACAAUCCCCUUCUCGACUGUGAUUGUUUGUCUUCAGGAUGACGACUCAUCAUACCAAAGAAGAGGCUGUCGAGCGUCUCGAACAUGUCGAAAAGGGCUUCGGAGAAGAGCGAUCUCUGUCGACCAGUUCGACUGAAUUCGAUCCGAAAGAGUCGGCCAGCAUCAGACAUCGGAUUGAUUGGCGUUUGAUUCCUGCUCUGGGAGCCAUGUACGGCAUUUCGCUCAUGGACCGCAAGAACGUCAGCAAUGCUGCUAUUGCAGGCAUGUUGAAAGACCUCAAGAUGUCGAAAGGUUACGGCUAUAACCUUGUCAACAUGUGUUUCUUCAUAACAUAUAUCCUCCUUCAACCUUUCAUGAUCGUCCUCUGCCGCAAAAUAGGGCCACGAUUCUUUUUACCUGGGAUAUGUAUUCUUUGGGGUUGUGUAAUCGUUGGCUUCGGCUUUGCACAAAACUGGCCAACAUUGAUUCCUCUGCGAUUACUUCUCGGCGCUCUUGAAUCGGGAUACUUCCCAGGUUGUUUAUACCUGCUGUCUUGCUGGUAUACAAAAUUCGAGGUGGCUCGUCGGUACUCGCUCUUUUACUUCAUUGGAAGUAUUGCCUCAGCAAUGUCUGGAAUCCUUGCCUAUGGUCUACAACAGAUGGACGGGGCGAGCGGCAUCCGCGGAUGGCGAUGGAUUUUUAUCAUGGAAGGAGUGAUUACCUGCGCAGUGGCUAUCUUUGCAAUUUCAUUCAUUAUCAAGUUUCCCGAUGAAGAAAAAGCCAAGCCAAGCUGGGGCUUCCUCAAGCCCAACGAGCUAGACCAUGUUAUUGAAAGAUUAAACGCUGAUCGCGGAGAUGUGGAGCCCGAGGCGUUCACCUGGAAGAAAUUCUUAGAGCCAGCGACUGAAUGGUACAUCUACGGCUUCCCAAUGAUCCUUCUUUUUGUCACUAGCAUUGCCUACGGUUUCGCAUUCUUCCUCCCAAUAAUCCUCUCCACCAAUCUCGGCUUCAGCAUGGCCAUGUCUCAGUGUCUCGGUGCGCCGCCAUAUGCCUUUUCCGGCAUCAUCAUGUAUGGUGCAGCAUGGUUCAGCGACAAGUACAAGACUCGAGGCCCCGUCCUGUGCGCACUGUGCAUGGUCUCACUCGUCGGACUCCCAAUCAUGGCGUUUGUCAACAACCCCUGGGGCCAGUACGUCGGCGUCUUCAUCACUGUAUCCGGCACCAACUCGGCCAUUCCCGCGGUCAUGGCGUAUCAGGCGAACAACAUCCGUGGCCAGUGGAGGAGGGCAUACUGCUCUGCUAGUUUGACGGCCAUCGGUGGGAUUGGAGGGAUCACAGGUGCGCUCAUCUUCAGGACUGAGGAUGCGCCCAAGUACGUUCCGGGCAUCGCUGCCUGCAUGACUUGCAAUGCGCUCACGAUCAUCACUGUCGGUAUUCUCACGAUCUACUUCCGCAGGUGCAACAGACAGGCGGACAGAGGUGAGAGGAUACUGCUUGGAGAUCCAAACUUCAGAUUCACUAUAUAG